AUGGACGCGGAGGAAGGGAAUCUCAGGCGCCCGAGAGCGAUGUCUGGUGCUAGAGGUGAAGCGCCUACUUCGCCCACUAGAAGUGGCCGGGAACUGAGAGAUGAUGACGCUGUUUCGCCCACUCGACCAUUCCCAACAAUCGACGAGACCCCAGACGGCCUUCGUCGUCGAAGCUCCGCAGCAAGAAGUCGCCGUAGUGGAGUGCCGAGUCUCGCCCCAAGAACGACCCUGGCACAGAGAACGGCAGGCAAGUUCACUUUGGCGGGACCCGAUGACACUCCUCAGAUGGCUCUUGCCCACGAGCCAUUCGUGCAGCCUGGAUAUGCCGACCUGAAUCCGUCUUAUGAACAGCCGAGCAAUGCGAAGCCGGUGUGGUCGCUGGCUAAACCAUUGCCUCGCGUGGUACGACCAGGAAUGGUACCGACCAAGGAAGAGCUGCUCGAAAAGCGCGCCAAUGCGCAGCUGCCUGCGGAGAAUUCCCAGAGGAUUGGACUGGAAGUGGAUCCAAAUGAUUUGGAACAAGGCAGGAUCGAUAAGACCACGGACCCGCGAAAGAUGGCUGCACAGGUGGAGGAUGCUCGCCUGCAGCGUGAGGCCAACUUCAUGAACAAGGUUCUUAAUGGAGAAACAACAACCUCUGUUGGUGGAAGGCGCUCCCGACGCUACUCCCGGACGUCUAAUCGGCCAAGACGCCCAUCCCAAUGGGAAGAUCAGCUAUCGAUAGUGCAAGAAGGCGGGUCUCAAGCGACCGAUGAAGACGAAGACCGGCCCAAGCCACCCGACUAUCUGACCGACGAUCCACUUCAAACUGUCCCUGAAGUUCCGGAGCAUGUGAUAGAUGACGAUGAUCUGGCUGCCAAAAUGGAGUUCCCAGGCCUGGACCAUGCAACAGUCCCAGAGGAUCUACACCCGUUAAUCCAGGAUCUCGUUGAAGAUGAGAUUCAUAACAAUCACACUACCUGGUCCGUCAUUCGGACACACCACCGCGAGGCGUUAGCCGAAGCUCUGGCUGUCUUUGUCCAAUUGACUAUUGGAUUCUGUGCCGACUUAUCUGUGACUGUGGCAAACGCAGGAAACCCCAACACAACUUCAUGGGCGUGGGGUCUGGCUACUAUGAUGGGUAUCUAUAUUUCCGGUGGUAUUUCCGGUGCCCAUAUGAACCCGGCAAUUACUAUAAUCCUCUGGUUUUACCGUGGAUUCCCUAAGAGCAAGAUGCCUGAAUACUUCGCCGCCCAAUUUCUGGGUGCCUUUUGCGCAGCUCUACUCGCGUACGGAAUCUACUAUGAGUCUAUCACUGAGUACAUGAGCACUAACGUCGACGCUGGAAUCAUUACAAGCUUCGUGACCAACCAACGCGAGACUUGGAUCAGCCCUGCCACGGCCUUUUUCAAUGAAUUCAUCGGUACGGCUUUCCUAGUAGUGACUGUAUUGGCCCUCGGUGACGACCAGAACGCUCCUCCUGGAGCUGGUAUGAGCUCCUUGAUCAUCGGCCUUGUUAUCACCUGUCUGUGUAUGACAUUUGGCUACCAAACCGGCGCCGCCUUCAAUCCCAGCCGAGACUUUGGUCCUCGACUUGCUCUCCUCGCUCUAGGCUUCGGUAACGAUCUGUUCCUCAAUGCCUACUGGUUCUAUGGUCCGUGGGUGGGUGCAGUGAGCGGCGGCUUCUUUGGUGGUUUCCUGUAUGACAUGUUCAUCUUUACUGGUGGAGAGUCGCCUGUCAACUACCCGCUUGAGAGAACUCAACGGGCGAUUAAGAAGAGCCGUAUGAAGUGGAAGCAGCGUCUACAUAUCGGUAAGCAACAGCCGAAGAGCGUCGCUAUGCCAUGA